GAGGAACUGCCACCGCCUCCCCCCCAGCUGGAUCCAGUGGCCGAGCCCGCACAGCGCCGAGAAGCAGCAGCAGCAACAACAGUAAGACAAGGAGCAGGAAGGCGAGGAAGGAGGAGCGAGAUGCUGCUGCCAGUCCUGGGGACUAGGAUCCCCCGGGCUCUCUGAUUUCACUCUCUGCGCUUUAUGGAGCGGGCUCUCUGACCCCCUGUGGGCCGCUCUGUGUGACCGGGGGGCUCCCAUGGGAUUGGCCUAGAAGAGGGGACAAGAGACAGUGUUGUGGUUUGCUGCUGGGCUCUCCCCUCCAUUCCCAGGAUAUGAGACUUGAAAGAGGACGAUGCAUACAGGAGGAGAGACUUCAGCAUGCAAACCAUCAUCUGUCCGGCUUGCACCAUCCUUUUCAUUCCAUGCUGCCGGCCUUCAGAUGGCUGGACAAAUGUCCCAUUCACAUCAGCAGUACAGUGACCGCCAUCAGCAGAACCUAAACGACCAACAAGCAUCUGCCUUACCAUACAAUGACCAGACUCCGCAACCGUUGCCUAACCAGCGGCGGAUGCCACAAACAUUUCGCGAUCCAGCCACAGCACCAUUGAGAAAACUGUCAGUUGACUUGAUCAAAACAUACAAACAUAUUAAUGAGGUCUACUAUGCAAAAAAGAAACGGCGGCAUCAGCAAGGACAAGGGGAUGACUCCAGUCAUAAGAAGGAGAGGAAGGUUUACAAUGAUGGCUAUGAUGAUGACAACUACGACUAUAUUGUUAAAAAUGGUGAAAAAUGGAUGGAUAGAUAUGAAAUCGAUUCUUUAAUUGGCAAAGGGUCAUUCGGCCAGGUUGUAAAGGCAUAUGAUCGCGUGGAGCAAGAGUGGGUGGCGAUUAAAAUUAUAAAGAACAAGAAAGCUUUCUUAAACCAAGCCCAAAUUGAAGUCCGGCUUCUCGAGCUGAUGAACAAACAUGACACGGAAAUGAAGUACUAUAUCGUGCAUUUAAAGCGGCAUUUUAUGUUCAGAAACCACCUUUGUUUAGUGUUUGAAAUGCUCUCGUACAACCUCUACGAUUUACUGCGCAACACCAAUUUCCGUGGCGUUUCUCUCAACCUGACACGAAAGUUUGCACAGCAGAUGUGCACUGCACUACUCUUCCUGGCAACUCCAGAACUUAGUAUCAUUCACUGUGACCUGAAGCCCGAGAAUAUCUUGCUUUGUAACCCAAAACGAAGCGCUAUUAAGAUUGUUGACUUUGGAAGCUCGUGCCAACUUGGGCAAAGGAUUUACCAGUAUAUUCAAAGUCGCUUCUAUCGGUCUCCUGAGGUUUUACUAGGAACGCCUUAUGACCUGGCAAUUGACAUGUGGUCCCUUGGGUGCAUUUUGGUAGAAAUGCAUACUGGAGAACCCCUGUUCAGUGGAGCCAAUGAGGUCGAUCAAAUGAGUAAAAUUGUGGAAGUUUUAGGAAUACCACCUGCCCACAUUCUUGACCAAGCACCAAAAGCUAGAAAGUUCUUUGAGAAGAUGCCAGAGGGCACUUGGAACUUAAAGAAGACCAAAGAUGGGAAAAAGGAGUACAAACCACCGGGAACCCGAAAACUUCACAACAUACUUGGAGUAGAAAAUGGAGGACCGGGUGGCCGCCGUGCUGGGGAAUCAGGUCAUACUGUAGCGGACUACUUGAAGUUUAAAGACGUCAUUUUAAGGAUGUUGGAUUAUGAUGCCAAGACCCGUAUCCAACCAUAUUAUGCUCUGCAACAUAGUUUCUUUAAGAAAACUGCUGACGAAGGUACAAACACAAGUAACAGUGUAUCAACGAGUCCAGCAAUGGAGCAGUCGCAGUCGUCAGGAACCACCUCUAGCACAUCAUCUAGUUCAGGUGGCUCAUCUGGUACAAGCAACAGUGGAAGAGCAAGGUCUGACCCUACACAUCAACAUCGACACAGUGGUGGCCAUUUUACAACGGCUGUGGCUAUGGAUUGUGAGACACACAGUCCUCAGGUUCGACAGCAGUUUCCUCCUGGUUGGACAGUCCCUGAAGCUCCUACGCAGGUCACCAUUGAAACACACCCCGUGCAAGAAACUACAUUUCACGUACCCCCUUCCCAGAAAAAUGUACCGCAUCACCAUGGGAAUGGCUCCCACCAUCAUCAUCACCACCACCAUCACCACCAUGGACAGCAUAUCUUGAGUAACAGGACGAGGACCAGGAUCUACAAUUCUCCAUCAACUAGCUCCUCCACCCAGGAUUCUAUGGAUAUUGGUAAUAGCCACCACUCCAUGACAUCCUUGUCUUCCUCAACUACUUCUUCCUCAACAUCUUCCUCUUCUACUGGCAACCAAGGCAAUCAGGCCUACCAAAAUCGUCCUGUGGCUGCUAACACCUUGGACUUUGGACAGAAUGGAACUUUGGAUGUUAAUUUAACUGUCUAUUCAAAUCCUCGCCAAGAGACUGGCAUCACUGGACAUCCAGAUUACCAAUAUUCUGCAAAUACAGGCCCUGGCCAUUACGUAACGGAAGGACAAUUAACGAUGAGGCAAGGGAUUGACCGAGAAGACUCUCCCAUGACAGGAGUUUGUGUUCAGCAGAGUCCUGUGGCAAGCUCGUGACUAAAUUCAAUCUAGGUUUGUUUUUGUGUGUGGGUUUGUUUUUCUUUUGUUUUCUUUGUUUUUAGAAGGUUUUUUGUUUUUUUUCAAAAAAAGAAAAAAACAAAAGCAAAAACAAACAAAAAAAAAAAAGUGCAAAAGCUGCUUUAAUCAGAAGGAGAUAAACACACUUUAAACCGCUACAACAGGGAAAAGCUGACUAUUUUUUUAAACUUGAAACGAUCGCAAAGGGACAAUGAAGUGAAACGAUUUUUAUUUUUUUAACGAGCUCUUUCCAAACACACCUUAUUGGAUAGCUCCGAGGUAAUUUCCUCUCCUUUUUUGCUUCCCCCCUCCCCUCCCACCAUUUAACUCUGUACACUCGUAUCAUAAUAAUUUUAUAAAAUGAUAUAUAUAUGUAUUUGUAUAUACAUAUAUAUUUAUAUAUUUUAACCAUAGUAAGUUAUACUGAAUAUAGUCAGUUGCCAACAUGAUAAAAAAAGCAACAUUAUCAAAAA